GCCUCACACAGUCAGCAAGAAAUUUGAAAUCUUCAGCUAGUUACGAAAACUUCUCUCGUCUACCCAUGACAUCAGCUCUACGUUAUAUCUCUAUGGAAAUAAUCCGCACACUUUAGUGUAGUCCAUAAACUGUAGUUUUGUUCUGCGGUUACAUUUUCAGAAUCAUAAACUUUUUUAGCGCUGCACAGCACAGGGUCAUGGCAUGUUUGGUGUCUUGAAAAGCCAGCCAGGUAGUGCUAGCUAACGUUAGCUGACGUUGAUAAUACUUCACGCCAGAUUACUUAAUUAGCUAGCUUUAAGCUUUAGCUUCAACAAACGGAGCUGGGAGAGAGUGGUACUGACAGUUUGGAUAGAUAAUGUGCGUCUUUAACAAAUGAACAUCGUUAAAUGAUAUCCCGUUCAGGGUUAAUUUGACCAAUAUUUCCCCAUUAUUAUCUGACUGGUUGAACGAGUUGUAGUUUAACGUUAAGGCUUGAACGAUGUUUACACUGAGAUGAACCAGGAGAGAAGAUGUAUGAAACAAGCUGACAGUUCACGGAGAUCAUCCCUGCAGUCUAGUGACUUUCCAGCUGAGCCCUGGCACAGCACCCCAGUAAAAAAGCACCAGGAUGCGAGGCCUGAUGCUGUGGCUAGUGGAAGAGACAGGAUGGUCAAACAAGAGAACGGGCCAUUCCAGAGGCGGCUCCCACUCUCAACUUCUCUGCCCCUCACACAGGACUGUCAGACGGCAGUAUGUGAUCUGGAGUAUAGCACCCUCCAGAGGCAGCGGCGGGAGCUGCAGCUCCUGAUGGCUGAGCUGAAGGACCGGGACCAAGAGCUGAACAACAUGGCCGCUACCCACCACACGCAGCUGCUUGCCUGGCAGCAGGAUCGCCAGCGCGUGCUACUGCUGGAGGAGAGAUGUGCACGCCUAGAGGAGGAGCUGAAGCAGCAGCAUGAAGUGUUGCGUGCGGUGGGGCGGCGGGUCCAGACGGCCGAGGCCCAGGAGAAGAGCAGCCAGAGGGAGCUGAGUGCUGCCCAGCAGCAGCUGCAGGACCUCCAGCACACACAGCGACACAGCAGCCAGCUGCAGCAGGAGCUGGAGGACAGGAACCAUGCUCUGAACUCCACCAUCACGCUGCUGUCCAGCCAGGUUGGCCAGCUCCAAGCCAGAGAGGAGGAACUCAGUGCCAUGCUCAAACUGAAGGACAAAGACGUGACUGAGGCCAUCGCUCACAUCCAGGAUCUGUCCAGCCGGCUCAGGAUGCAGGAGGACUCUCAGAGGGAGCUGAGGACGCGGGAGAGUAAGAUCUUCGCCGAGCUGGAGGAAGUGAAACGACUGUACCGUGAAGUCCGCCACGAGAACACAAGGCUCAAAGAUGAACUUGAAGAGAAGACUCUGGAGAACAGCACCCAGAGGGAAGAGGUGAUUCGCCUGAAGCAGGAGACGCAGUUGCUGAGGAGAGAUCUGCUCAUCUCCGGGGAAGGAGAGAGCUGGAAGGAUGAGAUGCUGGAACUGUCUCGCUCAAAGCAAGAGCGCACCGAAGUCGAACUGCGCUGUCUGAGACAGGUGUGUGCGAAUCAGCAGAAUGACCUGCAGCUCCUCAAGCUGAACCUGGAGAGCACUCAGGAGACGCUCAAAGUUCAAAGGUCACAUGGCAGAUUGUGUUAUUGCAGUGGUAUAGGUUACGCAGCAGUGGAGAGCUCCUUUCAGAGGUCAGGGACAGAGGCAGGGCCCACUUACUAUCAGCACAGGGCCAUAGAACCGCCAGAGGAGCUGAGGAGAGGAGGAAGAACACCAAUGUUGGAAAGGGAGAGACAGGAUGCCAUUCACCAGCCUGCAGAUAGCUCAGGGUCCUCACAGACACCUUUAAAUGGUGACUCAGUGGUGUGGCUUCAGGCUGGGGUCUCUACCAGCGAACCUAGAGGUGGCUCCUCUACCGCUGAGCCUGUAGGUGGUUUGUCAGUGGAGCACCCUAAGCCUGGAGUCCUCGCAACCGAGCCAGUAGAUGCUGUUGUCUUGGGCCAACCCAUAGUACCAUGUACCAGUACCAUGAGCCAGCCUGUAGCUGCUCUCUCCACAGCUCAGCCUGUAGCCAUUCACUCAAUAAGCCAGCCUGUACCUACUAGCGCCACAAACCAGCCUGUGGCUACCAUCUCCACUGCCAAUGCUGUAGGCACCAGCUCCACGGGACAUUCUACAGCAGCUAUACUCACAGACCAAUCAAUAACUACUAGUUUCCCAAGCCAGGAUGAACCUUCAAUCACCACCACAGGCCAGCCCAUACCUCCAAACCUCAUAGGCCAGUCUGCAGAUAUGAUUUCCACAGUGCAGCCUGUAGCCCAACCUGUAGUUACUGCCUCCACAACCCAUUCUGUAGCCUCUAUUUCCAAAGCCCAUCUUGUAGUUACUGCCUCCACAACCCAUUCUGUAGCCUCUAUUUCCAAAGCCCAACCUUUAGUUACUGCCUCUACAGCACAGCUUGUAGCCUCUAUUUCCAAAGCCCAGUCUGUAGCCUCUAUUUCCACAACCUAUCCUGUAGCCUCUAUUUCCAAAGCCCAUCCUGUAGCCACUGCCUCUACAGCACAGCCUGUAUCCCAACCUGUAUCCACUGCUACCACAAUGCAGCCUGUAGCCUCUAUUUCCACAGCACAGCCUGUAGUUACUGUCUCCACAUGCCAGUCGAUAGCUAACAGCUCCUGGAGCCAGCCUGAGAUCACCAUCUCAACUUGCCAGCAGCCUGUAGCUACUAUCUCCAUAGCCAAGUCUACAGCUACAACCUCUACAAGCCAUCCUGCAGCUACAACCUCUACAAGCCAGCAUAUGGCCACUAUCCCUGUAGUCCAGGCUCAACCCAUAGACACCAUGUCCACUGGCCAGCUUAUUGGAGAAGCCUUAUCUGGAGUGACCUCAUCUUCUGGUCCACCAUGUCCUCCUGAGGCACAGCCAAGUUGCAGCAGCACUUCAGCCAGACCUCCAGCCAUUGUCAAUGAGCAGUCCCCAGCUAGCAGACACAGUGAGGUGACAGAAGUCAGUGGUGAUGUGUACAGUGUGGCCCAAGAGGAACUGCCCAGAGACACUCCUGUAGUGUGUGGGGGAGCAGAGGAGCAGCAGAAGGACGAGCCAGGUGUGGGUGUGGCAACCGACAGGUAUGAGGAGCAGAGGGGGAAACCUGAGAUGGAGGAGGAGGAGGAGAAGAAGGUGGAGGAGCAGGACAUGAAGAGGGAGACAUCUGGGGAGGAAGAGGAGAAGGUGAAGAAGAUGAAGGAGGGUGUUGAGAGGGGGACACUUUGGGAGGAAGAGGAGGAGGGCUUGGAGGUGGAGGUGGCAGUGAUGUUGGAUGUGGACUCAGAGUCUGAGUACUCAGUGCAGAUGGUGGAGGUUGACCCCCUGACCCUUGACCUCAACCUGAAUCCUGAGACAGAUCAGGUCUGCAGGGUGUGCCAGGGAGAGGCGACAUGUUCCCCCCAACCAGCCAGCCCCGUCUUAUGGACCUCAGUCAACCCUGGAGGCUCCCCCAGAGCCAUCUACCUCUCCUCACCAACGACACCCAAACAGGGUUUUCAGGAAGCGGAGUGCACCUCUACCCAUCGUCUGCAGCGUCUUCUUGAAGAAUCUCGGCAGAUGGUCGCCACUUUGGAGGGCUUGUCCCUGGAACCAAAAAGCCCCUCACCACGCCCUGCCCACGCACAUACUCCUAGCCCCUCCCACCAUCCAUCUCACAGCCCAUCCCCUAACCACGCCUCAGCAGGGAACCUCAAUGGUUGCUAUGACUACAGCAGUAGCCAACACAGUAGUUCUGAAGUUCAUUCACAGAAUUCUUCUGGCCAUUCCAGCACACUGAUUAGAAAGAUUCAUCAUCUCACCAAAAAUAGUCCAUCCAAGCCUGGAGGGGACACAAGCCAAUAGCGCCCCCUUUUGGAGGCUAUAUUACUGCCAUUUCCUCUUUGGACACAUCCUCAGCAGCACCAAGAGACCUGUGGGCCACAGGCCUUACAUACUUCACUUCACAGGCCUUACAUACUCCACUGAAGGCACUGCCGAACAUAUGCCAAGUUAUUUUUAACUUUCAUAGAUAUCUUCAUGUACCUCUAAUUAAAGUGAGGGAGAUUUUAAAUGACUAUGCUCUGUUUUUAAGUGGGAUAUUUUUUUCACAUGGUUUUGCCAUUUUGCUAUUGAGAUUUUGCUAUUGAGAUCUAAUGUUAAUGUUUUGCAUUUUUUCAUUUGACAUUUUUCUCUUCCAGACUUUCCCCCCCUGAUUUUUAUGUACAAAAACCAACAGUGUUAUAACCCAAAGAUGUAAACUACUAUGUGUAUAGGUCAUUUGUAAAUAUACAUAUGUAAAUAUUUGUUUAUAUGCUAAAUAUAUGACCUAAUUCAAAA